AUGCAGGACAUUCAGUUUAAGACUGCCCUCGUGGCCGGUCUUGCUAUCUUCUCAGGCGUUGCUGAUGCGUUCUGGCGUCUGCCCUGCCGUGGUCGAACUGGCCUUGCUCGGCUGGAUCCGAUUGUGGACCCGGGAAAGAUCUCGUCGCAUGUGCACUCUGUUCAUGGUGCAGGAAACUUCGGCAUGAGCUCAGAUUCGGAGACUCUGCGCGAGUCAAAUUGUACAUCUUGUGCCAUUAUGCAGGAUAUGUCAGCCUACUGGACUCCAGCACUAUACUUUAUGCACACAAAUGGCAGUGCACAAGUUGUCCCAGAGGUUGGAGGCAUGCUGAGUUACUACCUCCUAUACGGAGAGAACAUCACAGCCUUCCCAGAUGGUUUCCGCAUGCUUGCAGGAGACCCUUUCCAACGAAACUUUACCUGGCCAGUCCCUGACCCACCCAAGUCAUCAUGGUCGGGUGCUCAAGUAUCUCAAAAAGCACUUAGGCAAAAAGCCCUAGGCUUCAACUGCCUAAACUACAACACCGCCGCUGAAGGCUCCCUUACGCGCCAUUUCAUGCCGAACAAAACCUACCUCGACGCGCACUGCACUGACGGCCUUCGUCUGGAACUCAUGUUCCCUUCAUGCUGGAAUGGCAAAGAUAUCGACUCCCCAGACCAUAAAUCCCACGUUGCGUAUCCCGAUCUCGUGAUGACGGGAACAUGCCCAAAGGGCUACGAGACGCAACUAGUCUCACUAUUCUACGAGACAAUCUGGAACACAUACGCGUUCAAGGACGUUGACGGAUAUUUCGCAUUGGCGAAUGGAGACCCUACUGGAUACGGGUAUCAUGGCGAUUUCAUGUAUGGGUGGGAAGAUGGGAUCCUGCAAAAAGCUGUUGACACUUGCACGAGUGCAACAGGUAUUGUCAAUGACUGUGCAGUCUUCGAUUUGCAGAGUGAGGAUGAUCAGCGCCAGUGUUUCUUUGAAGAACCCGCUGCGCUUAAGGGUGAGAACACCCAUAUGCAUGCUAAUGGCUUGCCUGGGAAUGUCCCUAUUGCGUGGGGACCGGCAUAUGCUUCUCCUAUGGCCGGAAUGGCAAGUUCUACGGCAGCGUCUCAUGUGGGAAUUUCCACAGGGGCGUCAGUCCCGACGACUACUAAAGCAACUGAGCUGUCGGGCAUUGUCCCGUCUUUGGCUAUUCCGUCCCUAUCGCUUGGUUUUGCAUUUGGGGACAAUGUUAAAGUUGAGGCUGUGGUUACUGCUGCGAGUGUUGCGACCACUUCUUUCACUAGUUCUACAACUAGUUCGACACCAACACCGACACCCACCACUGCGAUUGUUAUUGAUCCUGUUACCGAGGAAGUGAUCUAUCUGCAGCGGGAAGUUGUUGUUCUGAUUGAUGAGCAUGGGAAACCCUACUCCACUAGCACAGGCACAGCGCAUGUCGUUUCGACGCGCACAAUCACAGCUACGGAGACUUCUACCGUUGUCUCAUAUGUCGCAAGAGACACUAUCCCGGAAGACUCUGAAGCGAUUGAACACAAUUUGGGACAUGCGCGCAGACAUGUUCACCACCAUGGCCAUUUGCACAAGAGAGACAGUUACUAG